AUGGCUCAUCAUCAGCAAAGCAACCAUGAUCGGAGUCUAGCAGCUCAAGGGAUGUCCUCUAGCAAUGGGCUCCAUAGCUCUGCAAAUCAGUCCACAAGUGGGGAUGACGAUCUAACAUCGGAUGACGAUGAACCUCCGCAUUUUUCAAAAAUGAUCACACCGACCUUCCAAAACUCAAGUUUCGAGCAUAGCUGCAUGGCGUCACAGCAUCUUCAGCGCAGUAGGAAAGAAUCACUUCUCACUCAAGCGCUUCUUACGAGUCCUGAGCUGACAUCGUUGUCCGAUGCUGAAGCACCUGUACUUACUAGUGAUGGUGGAAUGACAAGUCCCGCCCGGACCACUACCCCCAGUCCUCCACCGCCUGUCAUCAAUCAUGGUGGCUUUGUCUCGCUCAUCUCAUCACAUAAAAUGUCUCCGGCGAAAGAACCUACGGGAGAUGGAAUACAAGUUGCCCAAGCGACAGGUGCUGAUCGGUCACAAGAAACCAAGGUGGAAGCAGAUUUGGGUCGCAGACGAUGCAUUAGCUUCGCAUGCGGCCGCCAGACCAUUACACGGAAGCAGAAUGAUCAGCCACCAAACACUCAGGCGAACAUCGGUGUGUCGCCGAGGCCAACUGAUCCGCCAAAACGGCCCUGCGUGUUGAGAUUCGCAUGCCCUAUGAAGCCAUCGCACACUGAUCUUUCCAAGUCCAAAAGUGGAGGCAGCUCAGUGGACAAACCUGUGCCUCCCGAAGCGGAAUUGGAAGUGCCCAUUCCAGACGUCAGCCUUAGAGAGCGUCGCAAUUCAGCUUCUACAGCGAAGACCAGCUCAAAUAAACACAAUUGCACUGCUCCUGUGAGCGCUCAACCUCGGAGAUCACAAGUAUUUAAUCGUAUAGACUUCCAGAAAUCCGAGGCUACCAGAUUCCAUGAGUUUGCCGGUCCUUUCAAUGCUGAGGAUGAAUGGAUAAAUGAGCAGACAGCCUACCGCCAGAAAAUUACCAUCAACGAUACUCUCCGAAAGGAAAAUGCUAUCAGGAAAUUGGCUGAGGAGGCCGAGGAGGAAGCACUCGAAGAGGAGGCUGACGAAGAGCUUGAUGACUACAACAAUGGCAACGAGUUCGACGACGAAUUCGACGACAACGGUAGAGACUACAGCGAUGAAGCUUCAGACGGAGGCAAUGAGACGGACGAUGAAGAGGGCUUCGCUGACUCCGACGACGAAAGCGAUGGCAAUUCGGAUUAUCAGUUCUGGACGCCAGGUCUUACAACAGCCGCCACCUCCACAGGCUACAUUGAGCACAUUCGUCCUGCGGCCCCUAGAGCGGCCUCGGAGUCCUCGAUUGAAUUCACAAACGAUGCAAAACGUGGUUCUACUCGAGCUCGAAAGCAGCUAGGGACACAUGAAUCUCCACGAAUGCGCCCUGGAACCCCUGAGCUGCCGGACGAUGCAGAGUUUGUCAUUGGAACUCUCGAUGAGGAUAGGCCUCUUGAGGAUGCAUACAUGUCGUGCUUGGAAGAACGCCGACGUUCAAGACAUAAGCUUGUUCCUCAAGAUAUCGAUCCUAGCUUCCCCACGUCAGAGCCCGAGGCUGAUAAUGAUGACGAUGAUGAAGAAAAUGCUACUCAGGUACAUGAUGAGCCGGAAUGGGUAACGGGUCGGCCAGACAGUUCUGGUGAGGACCAUUCGAAGUUUGAAAAGAACGGCUCACCGCCUACCAAAGCGUCUGACUCUCCAAUGCCUUCGCCUAAACGCAUUCACUCACCGCCACCAAAAAAAGGCAUUGUGCAUCGUUCACCACCUCCACGUCGCCUGUUUGGCCAAUCAACCCAUCGUCUGCGGUCUCCGCCACCGAUGCAUCGAAAACUUGCGUCUCCUCCAUCGUCCCGUAGAGCUUCCAUCAGCGGAUCGCCUUGUGAAUCUCACGGAAUCAAUAUGCCGCAUCUGGCCCAGCGCCCAAACCUCACUCACACAACGUCGCUCCCAAGAACUCCCAAUCCGUUCUGGGAUCAGCACCGCAGGUCUCGAUUCCACGGUUUUAACAGCCCACUUGUUGGCACUUCGCCAAAGAGCACCGGCCCUUCGCCUAUGGAUCUUCACAGCCGUGGACCUAUCGACAUAGUCCAAGGUCUCGAGACGAAAAGACAAAGACGCAAGGAUAAAUUCUGGCGACAACAUUGCCGCCAUGCCGGUAAAGAAAAGGAGAGGAGAUGCCAGCCAGGCAAAGGGGCGGAAAGGAUGAGGGAGCUUGGACUCGAAAUGGCCGAUCGGUGUAAAGGUUAUGGCCAAAAGGCACAGCUCGUUCUCUCCAUUUGA